AUGUCCCAGCAUAGACACAAGCGACAGAACAGGUCGCGCGCCUCGGUCUCAGUCUCCUUUGGCGCCUCGGGCUUCAACCCCGGCUCACAGCAGUUCACUGUCGGCGGCGGAGACGACUUUGCACCACCACCCUAUGGUCGGAAUCCCGCCCCGACGCAGGCACCGGCCAACGCGUCUAUCGCGUUCCCUGGCGCGUACCCCUUUGCCUCGAGCGGAGGCGGCUUUAUCGCGACGGGCAACAGUGUCGAUGGCGGCCACCCUACCAGGCCCGUGAUCGCCAACAGGCGGACACGAUACGGCGGCGGCGGUGACAGGUCGCUCGGUCUAGGCCACCCCAGCCGGCACUCGAUAAACAUGGACCCGCCGCCCCAUGUGUCGAUGUCGAUGGCCAACGGUGGACCUCCUCACUUUUCCGGGCGUCCCGGAGAUAGCCACGGCGGACCCCAUCGCCCGCCACCGCUCGCGCUGCCGUCGCGCUUCACAAACGGAGUCGGCGCCGGGCCCUCGUCCCCCCUGGCCCCGCAGAGGCCUGGCACACCCCAGUCGGCCAUGCUUCCCUACAACGACCGCUCGUGGACAAUAGACCAUGCGACCAGGCAAUCGCUGAGCCACUUUCCCCACUCGUCCCUCUCCCUCCCACUCACAACGUCCCCUCUGCCCCGCCACACUCCACACUCGUCGGUCAACUUCUCAGCUGGCCCGUCUGGCUUGGGGAUUGCCACCGCCCCGCCAGGGCACCCAGCACGCCGAGCCGUCACACACGCUUCGAUGCUCUCACAGCAGGCUCAUGGUCGCGUUCCCUCCAUUCCCCAACGUACAGGGCCACCACCAAAGGCGAUUCUCGGCGGUCCAGGCGGCAAGACUUUUGACGAACUACGAGUAGGCGGCCCUCCAGUGGCGUCGCGGAGCGCUUCAACCUCGAUAGAGCCCAGCCCUUCGGUGUCUGCACGGUCCAUGUCGCCCCUCAGCAGCCCAGCCAAGCCAACUUUUGCAGAUCAGUACCAGACCAAGUAUUUGGGGACGACAGUGCGCGUUGCCCUGCCGCCCGAGUCGUACAGCCCGCCAGACUCACCACCCCCUGAAACGGCUGGUGACGAGGACGACAAUGACGAGAAUCUUGUUAGGAAGGUCGUGAGGAGGGAGACUUACCCCUGGCCCGCAGGCUUGGUCCACGGCCUCCCACAGGACAUUCCCCUCCCUCCAUCCCCCACCGAGGAGGAGCUGAACACGGUGGACAACGACAUGGUCUCACCUGUACCUAUUGACCACACACCGCAUGGUAGCCUUUCCGCCCCUAUUUGGGAGGGCAAGCAAGUUUUAGUUUCGGUUCCGAGUCUGUCUGCCUGGGAGCCGCUCAAGCCCCCGAGCCCAGAGCACGACGAGGUCUCUAGUACCACGUACGAGACGGCAGCCGACUCGACACCUGCCGAGACAGCCUACGAAUUUAGAAGCAAGGCGGCCUCGGACGAUGACGACCAAGCCGAUCAUGGCGUGCCGAACGGCAAUGGGCACACCGGCCACGACAGCCUCUCGGCACAGACGGUGACCCUCAGCGGCGACAAUGGCAGUGGAGGUCCUCCAUCUGCGUCGAAGCCCAGCUUUGACAACACUGUCGACCCAGUCUUUAAGCGCUCCCUUGGUGAGGUUAUCCGUGACGAUCGCCAAGUGCAACCUCCUCCGCCGUCAUCCCCACAGCGCCGCCCCUCCGAUCUUGCCUACAACCCACUAGCCAAGCCCUUCGAGCCAGAGGCGGUACGCCCCAAGACAACUCUACGGCCCACUGCCCCGGCCUUUGUCUUCCUGAGGCCGACCUCGGCGCCGUUCGUGCCCUCGGCCUUCAAGCCUGCGGCGAGUAGCGACACGCUGGCAGCAGCUCCGUCUGAGGCUCCUGACGGCCCCGAGCCAUUCCUUUCCCCGGCCCCAAUGUUCUUGACCACGUCCCCAGAGUCGACCACUGAUGAGCUGGGAGAGGACUCGGAUCUCAUCAAUCUCCAGACGACGCCGCAUGUGCCAGUUCCUCCUCACAUGCCACAUGGCCCACCGCACUUUUAUCCCACGGUACCCUCACCCGCGUUCAUGGCGAGGACACUUGAGACGCCGAGGAGAUUCAAACCGACGAUCUUCACGCCUCGUGACCAGCCGUCGGGACCGUCGACGCCACAGAGCCAGGUUGGCCUCCUCUCACACUCUGAACAUGAUUCGAAUGCCCCCCACGUCUUCAAGUUUGUUGAGAAUUCCGGCGCCCCUUCAAUCCCGUCGAUCGCAGGCUCGCCGUUCACGUUCACCAUGCCCCCUAGUACUGUCACGACGCCGCUGCCUGCCCCGCCACAAUCGAUUGUUGAACAGCCUCACACGGCGUCGACGGUCAAAUCGGCCUCCAUCACAUCUGUGCCAGGCGGCUCUUCAACCGAGGGUGGUGGCGGAGCACUGGGCCUUUUCACUUUCAACUACAAGCUUCGCCCUCAGGCCACCGAGUUCAAGCCCAUGACCCCCGCGCUCGGUUCCCCUUCGAAGGCUCUGGCACUGCAGCCGUCGACUCCAGCACCUAUAUUCGCGUCACUCUCAACAAGGCCCUCCACGCUCCCCCUUCCAGCCAAUACACCUUCUCGGCCUUCAUACGCUCCGCUUGGCUCCGCCUUUGGUCCGCUUGGAUCCGGCUUUGGUUUCAGUCCCGGAACACCAGCCAUCAUCAACUCUAGCCUUGGUCUUGGAGAAGACUCGUCUGACGCCUCGCGGCCAAGCCUCGACGAGUACACUCAACCGCGCCGACCGAUUCCCAUCCUCGCCCCUCAGAUCCAACCCAACGCCAUCAACCCGUGGCGCAACGCCGUCCCAUCACCAACCGAGGCCGGGUCCUUUGUGGAAUCGCAUUUGUCAGAAGAUAACCGGUCUGUUGACGAAGAGCGCGACGUCCCGAGGUCCCGGACCGUCACGGCCAAACGCUCGUCUCAGAACUCUCACCUUCCCAAAUCGUGGGCGGAAACCGCGAGGUCGCAGCCCAGCUCGCCCAUCAAGGACCCGACGAGCACAGUUUUCAUUCACCCAUCCCUGCCGCUCAUGAGCCAGCACUCUGUGACAGGGCCAUCGAGAAGGUCGAGCGUGUUUGCCCCCGAGACGCCGGCCAACCCAGCGAAGCAGGCAGUUGGCGUCCCGUCAUCGCCUCGCAUGCCCGAAUCGACAGAUUCAUUUUUGUCCAUGGUACCUCUUCCCUCAGAGCACGAGCACGAGACCAAUGUGCCAAACGCCGUGUUGAAGAAGUCCAUGGAGCGCAGACAAAGUGCUCCUGCGCCGGUGAAGACCGACUCCAAGCCCCUCUCGUUUGCCUCCAAGACAUACACACCACCACCACACCCGCCGCCCAAGCAACUGGAAUCGCCACAACGGUUCUUUGAGGGGCUACGCAGGCACAAUCGGCUCUCGCCCAUUCCUGCUCCAAAGCUUCCGCUCAAUGGUGAGGACGGUGAGAAGUUCCGCACCUGGACCUUCCCUACUCCUAGUCACAAGCGCCGAUUCAGUGGACUGGACAAUGGGGAUGAGCGUGAAUUGCCUGAUAUCCAGGCAUCCCCGCAGCGCAAUGCUGCCGCGUCCAACGCGAGUUUGUUGCCAGCUUGGGGUCCAGGAGACUUGCCGCGUCCUGUCGUGGCCCAGCCCUCGCCUGAUCCAUUUGUGCCCCGACCAGUUGAGCAGAAGGGCUGGGACAGUCCGCAACGACUCCUUCCACCCACCGUUUUGCCACCAUUCUUGCCGAGCCCUCAGACGUUCCCGCUUUCUGUCAAUGGCGGACAUUUUGGCAGCAAUGCCGAUCUGCAAAGCCCCAUCCACGACGUUGUCAGACUGCUCAAAACUAUUGAGGAUCAAAUGAACCUAGUCAAGAUGGACACGAGUCAGUUGGUCUUUCAGUCUGACAAGUCUGCAAACGAGUCGUUUCAUCGAUCCAACGGCGCGCAGGAGGCCGUCCAUGCCAUCAAAGCCCAUCUUCCCAGUCCCCGGGCGAUUGACAACGUCACUGGGAUGCUUGAAACGCAGAACGGCAUCUUGCAGGACAUUGUUCGUCGAAUCGAGGAGGAGACGACGCCGUCUCCCACCCAGUUCGAGUCAUCCGACCACACGCAGGAAAUGUUCCGCGCCAUUAUCUCUGGUCAACAUGCCAUGAUGGCCAAGUUCUCCGAGCUCACCGAGACUCAGAACGCGAUCGAAGACUUGCGGGGAGCAACCGACGCCUUGCUCGAGUCCAAGUCUGACUGGCGGGAUGCCGCGGUCGACCACCGUCGCGCUUCACAGAUCGUCGAUCUGCAGACCCAGAUCAGAGACGAGGUCACCAAGACACACAGAGCGGAGCGCGACGCGGCGAUUCUGUCAAUCAGAGUCGAUGAGCUCACCAAACACGCAAAGGAUAAGGAGCUUGACGAUGUCUGGCGGGCUCUGAUUCGCGCGGAUGUGGCUGCUGUCACUGCUUCCCUGUCCAAGGUUGCUCGUUCGCAGGAUAAGGCUCAGGAUGAUCUGGACGAGAUGCGUGAACAACUGCUCGCCCAGAGUACACUGGCACAGAGCGCCGUCGAUGCUCAGCGCACCGAGAGAGAUACAAAGAAUCAGCUUGCUGCUGAGCGCCACGCACAGCUUGUGGGGCUGCAAAAGGACGCGGCGGUGUUUGACGAGAAGCUGUUUGACCUUCUCGGUGGCCUCGGGCAGGCAGUAUCGCGUAACCGCGACGACAAGGUGCAGGAGCUGGAGCAGGAGGUCAAGAGCUUGCGCUCAGAGCUUUACGACGUCUCUAACGCAAAGAACGACCUGCGCGUGCAAGUUGCUGAGGCUCUAGGCAACGUGCAACUCGAGAAGGAGAAGGCUCAGCGGUUUGCGGAAUCCGAGGCUGGGGAACGGAGAACGCUCGACCUGCAGCUCAAGGCUGAGAAAGCGCGCACGUCGUUCCUGGAAAACCGAAUCCAGAAACUCGAGGCGCAGUUGCAGGACACGAACCAUAAUCUGGACGUGUGGCGUUCUGCUGCCCUGGAGCAGCGUCUUCAUGCUGAGCGAACAUCUGUGGGUGCUCUCAACUGGUUGAGUACCGAGCUAAUGACCUCCCCCCAGGCCCAUGUCUCCGCGCUGCAGAGCGAGAACUACCACUGGCGCGAGUUUGCGAUCAGCGCUGACCGUGACCGACUCGACCAGUGGCUCUCGACCAAGCCGUUCCACGGGAUCGCCCCGCAGCACACAGGUGGCGGCAGUCCGAAGACGGUGCGCGCCGGCACGCCUGUCAUGUCACCGAAAACUGUGUCUUCAAAGACGGUGCAGCUGCCACGAACGCCUGGGCGGUCGGUGCUCGCCCUGACGACGGCGGCGACGCCACCGCCUGUACGCCGUGCGAUCCCGACGAUUGUCGAGCCGACUGCCGAGUAGCGCGCGCGCUGAUGGGUGGUGCGAGGGCACGCU